GAGCAUCCAUCCCUGAGCGUCCCAGCGCGGCCGGGACACCGCGGCUCGGGCCGAGCCUUCCCCCGUGCGGAGCAUGAGCCGAGCGGGCAGCGGCAGCAGCCCCGGGGCCCGAGGGGCAGCGCUGGCGCUCUGGGCGCUCUGGGCGCUCUGGGCGCUGCCCGCCGCCGUGUCCGGCUGUAGCUGCGCGCCCGCGCACCCGCAGCAGCUGCUCUGCGAUGCUGCGCUCGUGAUCCGAGCAAAAAUCUCCAGUGAAAAGGUGGUUCCUGCCAGCGAUGAUCCCCUCGAUAGCCACAAAAUGAUCCGGUAUGAAAUCAAACAAAUAAAGAUGUUUAAAGGAUUUGAAAAGCUCAAGGAUGUCCAGUAUGUCUACACCCCCUUUGAUUCAUCACUCUGUGGAGUGAAACUAGAAGCCAACAACAAAAAACAGUAUCUUCUAACAGGCCAAAUUUUAAGUGAUGGCAAAGUGCUGAUCCACUUGUGCAACUACAUUGAGCCGUGGGAUGAUUUAUCCUUGUCUCAGAAAAAGAGCCUGAACCAGAGGUACCAGAUGGGCUGUGGCUGCAAGAUCACCACGUGCUACUCGGUGCCCUGCUCCAUCACGGCGCCCAACGAGUGCCUGUGGACGGACUGGCUGCUGGAGCGGCGGCUGCAGGGCCACCAGGCGCGCCACUACGCCUGCAUCCGCCGCAGCGAUGGCACCUGCAGCUGGUACCGGGGCGGGCCACCCCCAGAGAAGGAGUUCAUGGACAUCAGCGAGCCCUGAGCGCCCAACGUUCCCUA